AUGCCAGCGAUGACUCUUCAAUCCGCUCGGGCGCUUGCCGGGCCCUCCAAAUCUCCAACGCAUCGAAUCAGACCGGCAAGCGCCUCGAACUCGCUCGCCGACCUCUACAAUGCGCGACAUGCGCAAGAAUUGACUGCCUCGUCACCAAAACCGGCUACAUCGAAUUCGCUCGCCGAUCUGUACAACAAACGACACGAUGCGGAGCUGCGCAAGCAGAGGCCGUCUUCGACCUCCUUGGCAGACCUCUACAAUCAGCAAUAUGAAAAGGAGCAGGAACAAUCAGAUGCGGAUGGCGCAGCGCAUUCAGUACCACGCCGGCCGAUCAAUGCUGCUUCAGCGGACCGCGCCGCUGGACCCUCUACGACUGCAUCAGGCUCAAGACUCUUCUUGCGAGCGGUCUCGGUAGAAUCGAGCGGAGGAGAUACGCCAGAACCGCCUAGUCUUUUGUCAAGCGACGCGGAUGAGCUCAUGGAGGACGAGGAUGACGAGCAAGAUGACAACGAAUCAGAAUCGUCGCGCAGCAGUCGAAGCAGAAGCCAUACACGCAGUGAUUCCGACGUCAUGUACGUUUCGCGAUCUUCUCUUCCAAGAAGAGGUGCCCUUGGCUCCGCAACACGAUUAACUAUGGACAGCGAUGACGAGAUGGACGCACCUGAAUCGCUCGAGCUCGAGCUGCCCAGCGCAUCUGGCAGCUCGAAUCCAGUCCUUGCCCGUCCGCAUGGCUCGCCUUCCAAGCUCGUUGUCGAGUCGAACGAGAGCUCGCCCACCGAUGUUCAUUCCGGACUGUCUACACCUCCUAUCCCGCCGAAUCAUCGAAAAGGCAGUAGCAUUCCACAGCAUUUGUUGGCAAGCACACAGGAAGAGGAGUCAAUCACAUCGAUGCUGGAUGCUCAACCUUCAGCGCAUCCGCCGCGCGCGGAAAGCCAGCACGAUGCGGACCCACACUCGGCAGCGUCGGCAACACACAACAUCGAACAUCCCGACGAGAUCAUCGUCCUCUCCGACUCUUCCAUGGACGAUCCGCCGCAGCGAUUGACACCGCCUUUAACGCCGCCGGCCGUCACCAUCCACUCCGAUCAGCCACAUCUCAUGCAACGCGAGAUCUCGGGCGCAGGGUCAGAUGUGCUUAACAUCACCGACGCUCGUAUCGCGCAGAUGCAGGCAGCCGAAUCAAGCGCCUAUGCGACCGACUCAGACAGCGAUGCUCAGCGCGGUCGCUACCCGAGACGUGCCCGCAACGUCACCGACUAUAACGUAAAGCGGGCGUUUGAGCGACUUGAGACCGAGCAUGCAACGAACGACCGCGUGCAAGCUCCGCCCGUCGCGACACCGGUUCAAAAGCCCAAAAAACAGCUGCUACCUGUUGUUGCUGCUGAGUCGACUUUCUUCGACGCUCUACGAGCACAGAGAGCCAAUAAGCCGCCAGGAGGGGAUGCAAAGGAGACACCUUCCUUUGCCGACUUCUUGGUGAGCAAGACGAAGCCGCCGAAAACAGCUGCGGCUUCAACAUCAUCUUCAACCUUGGCUCCCACGCGCACUGUUGAGUCAGAACCGGCACUGACGGAAGCGCAAGCAAAUGCCAUUCUUCGACCCACACUCGGCCCACAGCCACUGCGUAACAUCACGGUCAACACUGAGGACCGUGCCAGCCUGUUCCAGCUCAAGGCGAGCACACGUCGCUGGCUUGGCGUUGGUCAGGAUUCCGACGAUGAGGUUGGCACAAAGACACCGACACUACCAAACACCAGCACACCGCUGACCAUGAAGCUCGGCUCGCUCAUCGCCUGGCAUACGCACAAAGACCCAUUGACGCCCGCCGUGCUGCGCGACCUGCUAGCCUCGGACGACGGCUCCAACCCCAUCGGCCGUGCCAAAGAUGCUACAUCCCUCGAAACCGAUUCUCGCCGUCUCAAAUUGGGUCGCGCAUACAAGCGCCCUCUACCAAGCACACUGCGCGCCUUCGAGGAUAUGGAACACCAAGAGUGGGUGCGACUGGAAGAGUUCUUGCCUGAAGUGCACAGGCUGAUCGACGAGGGGAAAGCGCGCGCCCAGGGCAAGAUCAUCAUCCCGAUGGAGGACGAUGACUGGGUAGAGACGGUGUAUGACAGCCAGGGCAACGCGGACGUGCGCACGUUACGAUGCAUGAUGGGCGGUACAGUGACGUUGUAUCGUUCUGCGGGAGAGGAGAGUGCAGCAGAGGUGACAGGAGGUGAAGAGGAGUCGCAAGGAUUCGAGAUCGUGCGGAUGGUUUCGCCGAGCAAAUCGGCGUCGUCGAGGUUGGCCUCUGUGCCUUUGCCUGUGAGGCAGGAGGGGGCCCCGGAGGAAGAGCCGAAUGUAGAGCGUGACGACGAUGGAGUCGAUGAGGAGCAGGACGUUGAAGUGGCCGGCCGUGAGAUGUCGAGCUCGCCCACGCCGGAGCCUGUAUUGCUAUUUAAGGCGCCAGCGGCACCUGUACAAGCCGUGCAAGCACAGCCGGCGGCAGCACAGAGGCUUCCGCAGCAUGCCGAGCUCACGUCAGCAGCCAAACCUGUCGCAGCAUCGUCUACCAAGACUGCCACAUCGUCCACCUCCCACACAGCUUCGGCCAAACCGACUGCAAGCUCCUCACGAGCCAAAGCCGCCAAAGCAGCCCUCAAGGGCACCAGCAAGCGCGACCUCCUCUCGUACUUCAGCAAGCAGGCUGCUCCUUCGCAGGCUGCAUCCAAGCCUCCCAUCCAGUCUGCACCUGCACCCAGCACAUCAACCGCGAAGCCGACCACCUCCUCAAAGGCAAAAGGCAAGCAGCGCGCGCUGGACGAAGAUAUUCAGGCCUGGGACGGUCUCUCUCGCUCGCAGGAGUGCGAGGUCGAAGUUGUGGUCGACCUCACCCGCUCUUCUACGCCAUCCGAGACAAUUGGAAGGGGCAAGCAUCCGCGUUCGCCUUCACCACCGACGAUACCGCUGACCAAGAAGUCCAAGCACAAGGUGGGCCCUGCCACUGCGUCCGGCGGCAAGGCAAAGAAGAGCGUGACUGGAUUGGAGGAUCCGUUCCUGCAAGCGGAGGCGCGGAGGCAGAUGCAGCGGCAGAAUGCGGCUCGAGCUGAAGAGGUCUCGUUGGACGAAGAGGAACACGGUGGACUCGCGGUGGAAGUUCUUCUGCCACGCGAAGGCGCAUCGGGCAAGCGCAAGCACGUGGACGACGGGCCAUCGCGCCAGCCAGCAAAGAAGACGGCUGCAGGGGAGGUGUUCGUCCAGCUGCGCCCACCUCCGUCCAUCGCAGGAUUCAAGCCGCCUAAAAAGCCAACCAGCUCCAGCACCGACCCGCCUCAAGCUCGAACGUCGAAAUCAAGCACGAAACAUUCGUCGAAACCGUCCAUGAGCAGCAAGAAGCCCAGCUCGAGCAGUGCCAACGCCAACGCCAGCGGGAGCGGGAGCAGUUUCAACCCGCGUCUCCCGCAAGCGACCCCCUCGCCCACGCGCGGCGGCUGGAAGGGUAUCACGGGCUGGUACAGCGCGCGGGAUGCAUUCAGCCCCACACCUGCGGUGCCGCCCAAGAAGGGAGGCAAGAAGUGA